AAUGACUAAGUUAAGUCUUUUCUGCUUACUGAAAGGAAAGAGUCUGAUGAUUACUUACUGAUUCUCCUUGCGUUUUUAAAGUUUUGGGGAUAUUGAAUCAUGUUUCCAUUUAUAUUUUUUUCUACUCUGUUUUCUUCCACAUUCACUGAACCUGGGGAGCUACAGUGGAUCUGCAACUCUUCUGAUUCCAGUGUUUGGUAUUCCCACUGUGAUAACAUGAAAGUCCCUAUCUCAAUAGCUAUUAAACCCUGUAUGUCAAUGAAGGGAAGCGGGGGAUACGUGCAUCUUUCCUUCAUUCCAAGAAGAGAUAUUAAAAAGUUAUAUUUCAAUCUCUAUUUAUCCAUAAACUCCAUGGAUUUGCCAGUGCGCAAAGAAGUUAUUUGCCGGGGAUCUGAUGAUGUUUAUUCUUUUUGCAGAGCUCUGAAGGGAGAGACUGUGAAUACAACAGUACACUUCUCCUUCAGGGGAAUACGAUUUUCUAAGGGACAAUACAGAUGUGUUGCAGAAGCCGUCACUGGAAAUACUGAAGAAAUGCUCUUUUGUCUGAAUUUUACUGUCAUAUAUGACCCUAAUUUCAAUUAGAAUAAAUGGAGUAUAUUUUUAUUUUUCAAAAGUCUUAUUGCUGACUUAAAUUUUUUUCCCCACAGUGUAUUAGUGUGCUAGGACUGCCAUAACAAAUAGCAAAGAUGAGGGUCCUGAACAAUUAGAAAUUUGUUUUCUCACAGUUCUGGAGGCUAGAAAUCAGAGAUAAAAGUGUGGAUGGGUUUGGUUCCUUCUAGAGCCUCUCCCUUUAGCUUGUAGAUGACUGCCUUUCCUAUGUCUUCACAUGGUCUUCCCCCUGUGUUUGUGUCCUCAUUUCUUCUUAUAAGGACACCAGUCAUUGGUUUAGGGCCCACCCUACUGACCUUAGUUACCUCUUUAAAGAUGCUACCUACAAAUCCAGUCACAUUCUGAGGCACUGGGGGUUAGGGCUUUAAGCAUAUGAAUUUUGGAGAGACAACAUUCAGCCCAUAACACAUAGGCAGUAAAAUUUUUUGAACUGGUUGACUUCUCUCCAUUUCCUGCCUCUCUACUCUGGGGCAAGUUACCAGCAUUGCUUCCCUGGACUACUCUGCUGCCUCCUGACUUAUCUUCCUGUACUUGGUCAGGUGCCUUUGAUGAAGUAUUCUCCAUAAGGAUUGUUUCAAUAAUACUGUCAAAAUACAGGUCCAUUCAUGUCACCACAAUGCAAAUAGAACAAAAUGAAGCAAAAUCAAACAAGAUCCUUCCUGAGGCUUCUGGUUCCUUUUAGGAUAAAGUUGGAAUCUUUUGGAAAGCCUGCCAGGCCUUGCCCACCCUUUCCCUCUCUAGCCCCUGUUCCCACCACUCUCCCCUUGCUCUCUGUGUUCCAGAAUGUGCCACAUUUCUUCCUCUAGAACCUUCAGCCAUUGUUUCCUGUCUUGACUCCACUCCUCCACUCCAUUCUGCCCUCACCCUUUCACAUCUGUAAUGAGUGUGGAUCCUUCUUGGUCAGGUACUACUUUCUCAGGGAAUCAUCAAUAGGUAGUAUGGAGUGCAACUCUUAUACUUUUGAUGCUGAAAAGCGGCAAUCCUGAGUAAAAGAUGAUAGAGGAGAUGAUGAGAACUGAUCUAUGAUGGAUAUUUUUUGAAAGCAGAGACAAUGGCAAAAAUACUUUUGUUGAUAGGUUGGAUGUAGAAUAUGAGACAGAGAGAGGAUGUCUCCAGCCUUUUUGCUUGAACAGAUAGAAGGAUGGAGUUGCCAUUACUUGAGAUGGGAAAGUCAAGGAGGAACAGGUUUAUAGGGAAAAAUCAGGAAGUUGCAUUUGCACAUGUUGAGAUAUCUAUUAGACAUACAGGUGGAGACUUUGAAAAGGCAGGAAAUAUAGGAGUCUGAAGUUCAGAAGAGAGUUCUGGACUGGAGGUCAACAUUUGGAAGUUGCUAACAUAUGGAAAGAAUAAGUGUAGGUGGAUAAAAUAACAGAUUCAAGGACAGAGCCCUGGAGUACUCUGUCAUCAAGGCAUUAGGGGUGAGGAGGAGGCAGCAAAAGAGGAGCAUCAUGGGGGUAGAGGGAUCAUGAGGGUAGAGGGAAAAUCUGGAAUGUUGGUCUAUGAAAAGCCAGUUUCAACUGUUUUACUCUGCUGAUAGGUUAAAUAAGAUGAAGACUGAGUGUUGAUUUAGCAAUGUGGAGGUCAUUUGUGAUUUGAUAAUGUUACCAAUAGAGAGCCCUCUAAAUUUAGUAGGCAUCAGUUCCAAUGUGCACCACUCCAAUAUAGAGCUCAUAUAUUAAGCUCUCUGAGAAGCCUGGUGGAAUCCCCUAAGGUAGGCAGGUCCUUACUUAGUUCAAUUUCCCUCCCUCUUUAAGGGGAAGGGUUUAGGGAGGGAGCUCACAGGAAAGCUUUCUCCAAAAGCACCCUCCACAGAUCUUCUCCUUAAAGAUCUUCCCUUGGAUUAAAUGGUCUCUUGACCUUUUUAUUUACUUGAUGCAAAUACAUUUUACUACUUGUUGUAAACACUUUAUAUACUUUAGUUGAUAUCUGAUAACUCAUUCCACAUCUCUUGAAUUCUUGAGGGGCUUAAGAGUUGUGAAUGGGUUACAGACAUUUCCCGUUCCCUGAUUUUGUUCUGGUGCAUGCCACAUCCCUAGCUCUAGGAAAGGAUCCUGACUUUUUAGAUCAGCCAGUGUGAGGUAUUCCCCAGGGGAUUGUUAUUGGUUCAUAUUGGAUGCAUGUCUGAUAUUGGCUUAAUCAGACUACAGUGAAGGACUAAAAUGUCUUGGUUGUCUCACUGGAUGAAAACAAAGAGGGAUGUGGCCUCUUUUCUGCUGCCAGUCAUGUGAUGACUAUAAGGGGAAACUGGCCUUGGGAUGAAGCUGAUGCUAUGGACAGAAGGAUGGGGAUUUAGAAACAAACUGAAGGCUGCCUGGUGGCUCAGUCGGGUGAGUAUCUGACUUCAGAUCAGGUCAUGAUCUCAUGGUUCUUGAGUUCAAGCCCCACAUAGGGUUUGCUGCUGUCAGUGCAGAGCUUGCUUUGGAUCCUCUUUGCCCUUUCCUCGCUCUCUCUCUCCCUCUCUCUCUCCUAAAAAUAAA